AUGAAAUGUUUGCCUAUCAACUUCUCCCUCGACGAUAUUGUCGACGCCAAAGUCGAGGCGCUUUCCCAGAUCGCCGACGACAAAUUCGGCCUGAACGUCGCUUUUAUCACUGGCCAGUUCUCAAUCAAAACUAGCGACGAGAUUGACGCAGUCGACGACAAGGAAGGUGAUUCUGGCGGGGAUUUCACUGAUUCGUUCAACGCCCACAAAAGACAUCGAGAAGCUUUCGUUCAUAAAUAA